CUUUUGCGCUUGUCGUAGAAUAAAAUACGUCAUAGGUCAGAGUUAAAAACAGAAACAACAUGGAGACAGAGGAGAGAAGAAGGAGCGAAGAAUCCGCUAAAACGUCUAAAAAUGGGGGGAAAUGCGCCAAAGCACGGUCCGCUGAAGAAGAAGCAAGAAGGAGGGAGGUAGUGAAGGAGAAGUUAAGGGAGCAGCUGGAUCUGGAGAAAAGAGCCCUGGAUGUAGUGGAGCGUCUCCUGGAGGACAGCGUGGGUGAAGACUUCCUGGUUGACUGUGCAAGUUUCAUUGUUCCUGCUAAUUACACAGAUACUGUCGAGGAGAGGUUCAUUGCUAAGAUGUGUGGUUAUCCCAUAUGUUCAAAUAAACUGGGCAAGAUCCCAACUCAAAAAUACAAAAUUUCGACAAAGACCAAUAAGGUGUACGACAUCACAGAGCGCAAGUGUUAUUGUAGUAACUUCUGCUACAAAGCCUCCAAAGAGUUUGAGCUACAAAUCUCGAAUACUCCCCUUUGGCUGAGGCAGCAUGAGAGUCCUCCAGAAGUUAUAUUGAUGAAGAAAGGAGAUGGCGGGAGUUCUGGUGAGGAGGUGAAGCUGUUGGAGAAGUGUCUGGAAGAGGAGGACAUCGAGAACCCGCAUGCUGCUCCACCCGAGAACCUUCAGAGCUCUGAGCAGGGUUCUGCUGCAGCCGGCCUCACCCACAGUGAUAGCAGCGACAUUGAACAGGAGCAGGACUUCGUCUCCAGCAUGGUUUCCCAGCGGCAGGGACCCAGGGUGCACUGGGGCGACCUGCCUAAACGUACAGAUAAAGACAAGAAAGGUGAUCGAGAGAAGAUGGAGAGGCGAAAGAAACAAAUGAGAGAGGGGGGCGAAGAAGACACUGAGGGUCAUCGAGGUCAAGGUGCAGAGAGGGAGGAAAGAAUUAGAGAAAAUGAGAAUAGAUGGGAGUCCCAGUCUUGUAAAACAGAAGUUGGAACUGACGCUGUUAAAAGGCUGCCUUCAUUAAACACAGACAAUGGAGAGCAGGUGCUAGAGGAGAGGGGCCUGCCAGACGAACUCAGCGUGGAAGAGGCUACAGCUAGGCUGAAUUUGUACAAUUUAUCUCAUAAUGCUCCCCCGCCUGUUCACUCAACAGCCACACAAGCAGAGCACACAGAUCUAGUCUCUUCUCCACCAUGUGAAGACUCAAACAGCUCGACAGAAGGCAAACAUCUCCCUUCUUCAACCCUGAUCAACACGAAUCAGGAAGCCGCAGCACUGACCAGCCAGCCUGGCCUCAACAUCACCCAGGUGGGUAUGAGCAAGAGAGGGGCAGCAGGGCUGCGAGAUCUAAUCAAGACCCACGCUGCUGAAGCCAAACCCAACUCCAUCCGGCUCAAUCUCCUCGAGCGUCUGAGAAGAACGAUAAAGGACUGGAGCACCGAGGAGACCCUGAAGUUCCUGUACGGCGCUGACCGUUCACACGGCUCGCCUUUUGCUGAUGUUACAGAAGAAAAGGAGGUGAAGGAGGAGCUGGAUGAAGACGACCUUGAGGAUGAGGAUGCAGAAGGGGCGGAUGCUGUGGCGCAGAAGAGACAGUCAGCCGCAGCUCCAGACUACCAGAUGCUGCAGCAGGAGACCCAGCAGCUGGAGGUCAGGGUCAGGGAGUUUUAUAAAGGAACCUGGACUUUACCUGAGGAGGGAGAGGAGCCGCAUGGAAACAAGGUGACAGUCCAGGACCAGAGCACAAAGGACCCGACGCUCCCGCUCAUCGACUCUCAUGCUCAGCACCUCAUCCAGAAACGAAUCGCAGUGGAGAAGCUCACCAGCUGUAUCAGAAACAUUGUCGGUCCUCUGCGUCUCACCAUGAGUGACGUCUCCACUGACCUGAACAACCUGGUCAGGACAUUCAGGUUCACCAACACAAACAUCAUCCACAAGACUCCAGAGUGGACUCUCAUAGCCGUCGUGCUUCUCCAUCUGCUGUCGGGGGUGUCUCCGGUGGUGCGAGAAGCCUUACAGACGGCAGCGGAGUAUUUGAACUCCCUGAUGGAGGAGCUCGGGCUGCAGGAGCAGGACCUUCUGGACUUAGUCCGACUGUUUAACACUCCCCACACACACUAACACACACAGAGCCAGACGUGUGAAUAAUAUAUACACACUCACUGACUGAAGGAUAUAAAUGUGGCUAUCUGGCAUUUUCUGUCAUGUUUGUUUUCCAAAAAAUAAAGUUUGUUGUAAUAACUUCUGAAUCAAAA